AUGCAACAUUUCUUCUCUCCGCACCGAACUCAAGCUGCCUUGAACAGUAUCCACUCGUUCAAACAAGACCAUGGAGAGACUCUACAUGAAGCGUGGAAGAGAUACAAGGGCUACCAGAAGUCAUGCCCUCAUCACGGCCUCGACAAGAACUACUUGAUCAACACGUUUCUCAGAGGCCUGAGGUCGGAUACUCGGACAUUAAUCCGAGCCUCAUGCGGAGGGAGCAUUUCAAACAUGUCCUUCACGGAACUCGAGCAACACAUCGACCAAAUGGCGAGAGAAGAAGAUUCUCCGUUGGAGUCCGUGAGAGACAUGCCCAGGAGAGAUAACGAUGCUAAGCUACAACUCGUGCUAGAUGAACUGACCUCGUUGAAGUCGAAGCUUGCUAAUGCAAGUUUCAUCUCCUCUGCUAGCACCUCGGGUGACCAGCAAGGCGAGCAUGCAUUGUGCAUUGUUGACGAAAGGGUAGAAGAUGUGAACUACGUGGAAAACAACCCCUAUUCCAACACAUACAACCCAGGAUGGAGGAAUCAUCCGAAUUUCUCCUACAAGAAUAACAAUGCUCUCAACCCUCCGCAGAACAACUAUCGGCCGGUGCAAAACCAGAAUCAACGAAUCCCACCGGGGUUCGCCUUUCAACCACGUGCCCCACAGAUGCAGAACCUAGGGCCGAUUCAGAACCACCCAAACAGACCUCCGGUCCAAAAUAUUCGAGCACCCGCGCCACCACCGCCACAACAAGAUGGUGACUCGGAAAUCAAGACGAUGCUAGCACAACUACUUCAAGGACAAAAGAUGCAAGAAACAGUGCUACAUAGCCUUAAAAUAGACCAGGAGGAGGUCAAAAAUCAAAUGGGAAGCAUGCAAGCUCAAGUGGAUGGAAUGCAAUCACACCUUAAACUGCUUGACAACCAAAUCGCUCAGAUGGCCUCAACGUCUCAAAGACCUAGUGGAUCACUUCCAGGGAAGCCUGAGACCAACCCACGAGAGCACUGCAAUGCUAUCGCCUUGAGAAGUGGCAAGCAACUUGAAGAAACAACUCCGCCGAUGAUGGAACAAGGGCAAAGCUCCAAAGCAAAGGAGGUCGGGACCGAAGAAGCUGAGGAAGUCUAUGUUCCUCCACCACCGAGACCUCCGCCGAUCCCUUUUCCAUCCCGCCUCAAAAAGCACAAUGAAGAUCGGCAAUUUUCCAGAUUUGCCGAAAUGCUGAAAAAACUCGAGAUCACAAUGCCCUUCACAGAAGCUAUCCUACAAAUGCCGUCUUAUACUAAGUUUCUCAAGGACAUUCUCACGAAGAAGAGAGUCGUGGAGAAAGAGACGGUAUCACUCAACAUCGAAUGCAGUGCGUUGAUUCAACAUGAAUUACCACCCAAGAGAGCUGACCCAGGUAGCUUCUCGAUACCCUGUAAAUUGGGUAAUGUUUCGAUUGACCGGGCAUUGUGUGAUCUAGGAGCAAGUGUUAGCCUACUCCCACUAUCCAUUUUCAAGAAGUUGAAUGUGGGAGAGUUGAAGCCUACAAGGAUGGCGCUCCAACUUGCUGACCGAUCGGUGAAAUAUCCCGCUGGGAUAUUAGAAGACGUACCACUUAAGGUGGGAAACUUCUACGUACCGGUCGAUUUCGUGGUGUUGGACAUGGACGAGGACUCGAGAAUACCGAUCAUCCUUGGUCGUCCAUUCCUUAACACCGCAGACGCAGUCAUCCAUGUAAGGGCUGGAAGGCUAACGAUGAAGAUUGGCGAUGAGACAGUGGAGUUCACGCUUGAUCAAAACCUCAAGCAACCAUCUGUCAUGGAGUCUUCGUACUUCAUUGACAUGAUCGAAGUUUUGACAGAGGAGGUAUUUGGUCAAUUGCAAGAUCGCGAUCCCCUGAAGAUGAUGCUCCUAAACCCUGAGAAAACCGACAAGGAACACAUAUGGACCUUUAGCUGA